AACCCAUUUUAGCAGUGGAACAGCAAAGAACAAAACGUCAAGAGGGCAAGACAAAGUUUUCAAUUGAACGCAGAAACCAAAGUUUUCCGAAAGAAACAAUGGCUCAAAAAGACGCAAGAGAGCUCCAAAACGUACCUUUUCAGUUCAGUUCUCCAGCAGUGGAAGUUGCUCGCAAUCAAAUUACAUGGAGAAGUCUUCCUCGUCAUCAAGAUUUCGGUUCAGAGAUCAUCAAGAAAGGGAGAACUCGGCUCAAUCCAGCACUAGUUCCGAUAUUUCCUCCGAUUCUCAUGACGAAUCUGAGCUCCAAUCGAUGACAGCAAAGGGGAUAAAGCAUCUUUGUUCAGAACUGCUUGAGUUAAAGGCGGAAUCAGAUGAAGAUUUUCACAGGAAUAUUUUUUUAAACUAUGUAGCUUUUGUUAGAGUAUUCGAGGAAGUGAAAGGUGUGGAAGACCAAGUGAUGCAACUCAAGUCCCAAGUUAAUUAUCAGAAAAAACUUGUAACUGACCUUAUGGAUGACAUAUAUUUAAAGGCUUCGUCGAAAGAGUCAAUUGAAUCGAUCAUUGAGGAAUCUGUAAUUGCUGAGCCAUCUAUCCCAAGUGAAUUGGAGGCUCACAUCAGUGAUUUAUCAGAAAUCAUGGACAUACUCCUGGCUGAAAAUAGAAUAGAUGAAGCCAUAGACAUUUUAGAAAUGGAGGACGAGAAUUUUCGGAGACUACAGUAUGAUGACAACUAUGAAGAAUCAGAUGCGUUACUGUUAUAUGACGCUGCAAUUUCUGAAAGGAGGGAUAUGCUCAUGCUGCAGUUGACAUUGAUGGCUGAAAACCCAAGAAUAGCUGCACCGGAACUUCAAAAGACACUAGCUCAACUUUGUAGACUGGGUGAUAGCCAUCUUGCAACUCAGUUAUUGCUUAAAUAUUAUCAUUCACAGAUUGCAACUGGGAUACGUGAUUUGCAGGGUUCAAAAUCAUAUUUACAUGGAUUGUACAUUAGGGAACUGGCAAAGUUUGUUUUUUCUAUGAUUUCUCAGGCAGCAAGGAGUUUUUGUAUGCUAUAUGGGGAAACUUCACCUUAUGCUUCAGAGCUUAUUCAGUGGGCCUGUGAGGAAACUGAACUGUUUGUUUCUUAUUUUAAAAAGUAUGUUAAGCUCAUCUCAGAAGUGAGUGGUGGAUUGUCCAUGGCGGUAGAAGGUGUAAAGUUUGCACUGUCAUUUUGCACAUUGUUAGAAGCUCAGAAAUUAGUUUUGCGGCCAUGUUUGAUCAAGCAAAUUCGACCUUUUAUGGAAGAAGUUGUAUGGAUACAUAUAGACCAUUUUAAGAAAGUCAUAUGUAUCUUUACAGCUACUGAUGCUUGGGUUUUGGGUAGAUAUCUUGUGUCAAGAAUCUUGAAUGAAGGGGGAUCUUCACUUGUUGUUGGCCAACAACCAGAAUAUUGCUUGCUCACUAACAGUGGCCGGAAGUUUAUAACACUGUUGCAGACUAUCACCGCUGAUGUUGUCCCUUUAUUAUCACUUAAAAUGGAAGGUUCUAUCCUCAGAGGACUAAUGGACCUUUUUAAAGAAUAUAUUGGUAUCCUUGAAAAAGUCCUUACCUGUGAAACUAGCGAUUCUGAGAAGGGAGGUGUCAGGAUAAAUUUGGCUGAGUCACUGCCACAACAGGUUUCUGUUCUGGCUAAUCUAUCAACAUUACAACAUUUCCUUUUUGGCACUGUUAGAAGCAUCUUCAAAAACAUCAAUGAAUUGGUUGGCCUUCAACAGAGGGAACUUAACAGUUGUUUAAAGUUCAUCCAAGCAGCUAACAAUCAGCUCAGAGUUCAUUUUUGUCAGCAAUUAAUAUAUAGAAUGAUGUCUCUCAAAAGCGGUAUUGGAAGUAUGCCAGAAGCUUGCACUGACAAUGUUGUUAAUCGUGACAUGUUGCCUGAUCUGAUGCCCUCUCAUGUCUUUCAGGAUUUAUUUUUAGAGCUAAGAGCAUUAAACAAAUUUGCCGAAGACAAUGCUUUUGAACUUGAUUGGCUGAACGAGCUGCUGAGGGAACUACUAGAGGCCAUAUUUGAUUGGAUUUCAAGCAACAAACAGAUCUGGGUGCCUAUCGAAAAAAAAUUGAUUGGUCAAAACUCUUAUGAUCACAAUCAGUUUGUAUUCGACGUACAUUUCCUUGUCGAAAUCGCAAGGCAUGGAGGGUAUUUCUCCAGCAACCCCUCAGUUCUUGUGGAUCUCAUGAAUUCAGCGUUUAUUUCAGCCGGGCUGGAUCCUAGAAGGGAUAUUAAUGAUGAUGGAUGGAUCAGGAAUUCUGCAGCUGAAGCAAUUCAAAGGCUCACGGAGAUUCAGGAAUUGAAACCUCUUGAUGAUGCUGUAGAAGAAGAUGAAACUGAAAUGAAGUAUGUAAUCGACUCUUUUCAGGAUGAUGAUAGGGGUUCUUUAGAGGAUUCUGAGGCGUCCUCAGCUGCAUCCGAAGGUUCCCUUGAUACAGAAACGGUGACAUUGGAUACAAAAUCCAACCCCCUUGAGAGUAUUGUUGAAGCUUCUGAAGAAAGAGUCUCCUCAAGGGAGAUAUGUGCAAACAAUGCACCUAAUGCAACUGAAUCUUUGAUCAGCAAGCAGUCUGAUGAAGCAGAAACAGAGUUUUUAGGAUUUCAAGUUAAUUAUAUAGAAGAUUUUGCUCGACUACAAGGCAAAGAUGAAAGAAUCUCUGAAGAGAGAUGAAUGCCUUGGUUAAUGAAAGAUUGUGCAGGCAAACAGAAACUCAAAAUUUGCAAACUGACAUUUAAUAUUCAUCAAGUUAAUUAAGAAAUAUAAUCACGUGUUUCCAA